UCUCUGAUCUAGUAGUGUCACAGUUUCAAGACGAAGAAGCAGAGAAGAAUUGCCUGAAGGAAAGCAACAAGUUUCGUGUGUAGCCAAAUAGAAGGCGUCGUUUCAGUACCGAUUGUUGUAACACACGGGAUGGUCAUUAGAAAUAAGGAGUCUGGUCCAACCAGUUAUCGUUAUGAAUAUAUUGCAGCUGUUUCUGCUACGCUAUCUCUGGUUGCAUCAGUAUCAUGCGCCGGAUGGUCAUCUCCUACCAUUCCAGCACUGCUCAGUCUAGAGUCGCACAUCGCGAUAUCCGCUGCUCAAGGAUCAUGGAUUGUUUCGAUUCUCUCGAUCGGAGGUUGUGCCGGGUCUAUAGCUAUGAGUCCAAUGGUAGAACGAUACGGCCGAAAGUGUACACUGCUCGUUUCGAUGAUUCCACUAAUUAUCGGUUGGAUUAUGAUACUGAUCGCUUCAAAUGUUUCUACAGUAUACGUUGCACGUUUUCUUCACGGAAUGGCUUACGGAGCUACUUUGUCAGCCACGCCAAUAUAUUUAGGUGAAAUAUCAUCGAAGAGCAUACGUGGCUCUACCGGGGUGCUUAUCGCUGUUAUGGCUAAGAUUGCAUUUUUGCUGCAAUACAGCAUUGGUCCGUACGUCAGCUUCCGAUCAUUGGCAUGGAUAAAUCUUAGCUUUCCUGUUAUAUUUCUUGUAACGUUCUGUUGGAUGCCAGAGUCUCCGUACUAUUAUCUAUCGCACGGAAAUGAAGAAGCUGCCCUACAGAGCCUGCACUGGUUGAGGAGAACCGGAUUUUACAAUGAAAAUUUUCUUCGUGAGUACCACCAAAUGCGAUUGCUAGUUGAAAAGAACCGACAACACCAUCCAUCUUUAAAGGACCUGUUCACAAAGCAAAAUCGAAAAAGUUUGGGACUUAUAUUGCUGCUGUCAACUGGUAUGCAACUAACUGGAGUCAAUGCUAUCCUUGGAUACGCGCAAACUAUCUUUUCAAAGUUAGACAUGAACCUUUCCGCAGCAGAAAUGUCCAUCAUGCUCGGUGUGGUUCAACUGAUGGCUGUUUGCAUUCCAACGUAUUUCGUUGACAAAGCCGGACGUCGACCAAUGUUGCUAAUUUCAAGUAUCGGCUCGUUCGUUGGACUAAUCAUCUGCAGUUCGUAUUUCACAUUAAACGCCAUGGGUUGUGUUACCGAAGCAUACAGCUGGGUGCCAUUCGUGGCCACUUUAGGUUUCAUAGUAUCGUUUUCCGUUGGUUUGGCAACCGUUCCGUUUGCCAUUUUAGGAGAAGUGUUUCCCAAGAAUAUCAAAGCCAACGCAAAUGCCGUAUUUUCCGUGAUUACUUCGGCAAUAGUGUUCACAGUACUGAAAAUGUUUCAAGUCAUAUCGGACGGAGCAGGAACGUAUGUGGCGUUUUGGAUUUUUGCUAUCUGUACCGCUGGAACAACUGUGAUGAUGUAUUUUUUCGUUCCGGAAACGAAAGGCAAAUCUUUUGACGAAAUUCAAGAUAUGAUGCAGAGAACAACGGACAAAGUUCAGAAACGAAGGACCACUUGUUGUUAACGUAUAUAAAUUCGAUGUUAGUUUUAGACUGAAAAAAGUAAAAAUACAUCAAAAUACUUCAUUGAUGAUAAUUCGUUUUUUUCCAA